UUGACGGGUUGGGCCCUGCUGGUUUACAUGUACCGCACCGCCCUGGCGGCGCUCUACGUACGUGUAUGUGUACAAAAUAAUGCAUGGUUAUGGUGCGCUGCGUUCAUUGCAUUCAUCGCCCAUUCACUGUGUGUGUUGAUCAGCUGUACUGCCUUUGUGAAUGCACACGGUACUUGACGACGGUUCGGCUGGCACACACGUCACACACCCCUAGCAGGAAGGAAAACUUAUUAAAUCGCGCAGAUUAGCAUGGGCUCGUGGGAAGUGGAACGUAGAAGAUCAAGUGUACAAUGCAUGCGAUCAGUGUAUGAAAACGUUUUGUGACAAGCACGUUGCAAGUAACGAGCAUCCAUGCUUUCACACCGGACCAAAUACACAAGUAACCAGGAGCAAGAUGCGGGGCAAGGGAGCAACUCAACAGGAACAAUACAAAGAUGAUGUGAACAACUCAUUAUCGUCAGGCAGACACGACGGAGUCAUAGUCUACAGAGGAAUCACAAGAGAAAAACACAAGCGAGCCACCAGCCGCUGGCCGACGCCACUGCCAAACUGCAAAAGGCCUUACCUCUCAGCGUCGUCAUUACAACAAGAGGAGGAGUAUCAGACAGAACCUGUAGACCUUUCAAUGAAUGGAACAAGAGGGCAUGGCAGUAACAAGAGGUCGACGGAUGCAUCCGACAUGGAUGACAGCCCAGUGGACCUUAAGAAGCAUGCUGGUAGCCUUGUAGUCUCCUCAUCACCUAUCCCACAUAGGCCGGGCAGGGAAGAGGAUGACCGGCCCACAGUCACGCUGGAGAGCAUCACGAAAAGCGGGGCUGGGGCACUCAUCAAAGUUGCACAGGCAGCUGAUCCCGUAGCUGUAGACUACAGGCACAUGGGCCCUUGGCACCCAGGCCGGCCAAGACGGACCUCCUCCUCAGAAACCAGCUUAAGGGGCACCAGGGCAGCCACAGAACUCGUACUAGACAACGGCAAGCGGCGCCGGGUCCACCGCUGCACGUUCCAGGGCUGCAACAAAGUGUACACGAAGAGCUCCCACCUCAAAGCUCACAUGAGAACCCACACAGGGGAAAAGCCCUACAAGUGCACAUGGGAAGGAUGUGGCUGGAGCUUUGCCCGUUCUGACGAGCUCACCAGGCAUUUUCGUAAACACACAGGGGACAAACCCUUCAAAUGCCCCCAGUGUGAACGAGCCUUCUCCCGGUCCGACCAUCUCUCCUUGCACAUGAAGAGGCACUGAGAGGAGGACCAUUUGUAGCUAUUUUUUUUUGAGAAUGAUGAUGCUUGAGGUUUCUGAGACAAUGAACAAGAUUGGCAGAAAAUGUCUCUCUAUCAGGCCAUCUUGUCCAGCAAAUGAUCAGGAGUGUUCUCCCGUGUACAUUGAACAUGCCUCAUUCCGUAUCCUAAACGAGACAAGUCUUGAGUGUUGUUGUCAGCUGCAGAUAUGCUCUCCCGUGAACUCAACGUGAUUUUCUUUCUAUAGCUGUCAGAGGGCAGUGUAUAUGCAGUAACAAGCAGUCUGGUUUGCCACAGGCUUGAAAAGUAUCCUACCUGAUGCAAAAUGUAUGUGCAACACCAUCUGAAUAUGUUACCAACUCCUGAUUUUUGUCACUUGUGAAAAAAAUUACUUUUUUGUAAAAAAAGCUGUGGCACGCCAUGUCUUGGGUUUCAAAAUCUUAUACUCUCUGUUUCAAAUAUGGUGCGUUCUCUGUAGUGUUCACUAAAAUGCAGCAAGCAUUUUAGUUAUUUGUGCAUUGACUGUCCCUAUGGAAUACCCAUGUUCAUAAGUAAAAGGAACAAGUUGCAACAGCCAUUGAAUUGAGAAAAGCUGGGGUUGUGUUUCUGUAGAAUGUGUGUUUGAAACUUGGAGGUUAGAAAAGUACCAUUCAGUGUAAUCUAGCAGGUUAAGCAGUCAUGUAAAUUUUAUCAUGUAAAGCCUACUAAACAGUCAUUGGUACAGCUUUUGAUUCAGUUGCUUAGAAAAGAAAAGAAAAGAAAAGGAAAUCUCUAAGUAAAAACAAUUUUAACCUCUUUUUACUAUUGUAGAGACCCUGAUGUACCCUAGCUGCCAGCCCAUUUAACAGAUUGUGAUCAUGGUCAGUUAAUGUGUCUUGUUUGGUUCACCAUUGCUUUGCUGACUCAUUUGUUGUAGGAAUCAUUUGUCUAAUCUGUUGCUUUUGGCUUCCUUUUGGCAUGGGUGCCUUAUUGGAAAUCCAGCAGACUUGUCUUGGAAAGUUUACAACCGUGUAUGUUGGUCUUUCCAUAAAUUUGGGGUCCGGUACUUUGUUUGUUCCUGUUCCAUCUGAUUAAAGAUUUUUAAAUUCAGGACACAUUCUUUAAUGCCUUCUAUCUCCCAGAGUGAUUAUGUAAUGCAAAGUACCUGCCAAACAAAUACUAAUAGUUUUGAAGUCAAUUUUAAUGAUUACUUACAUGGCAAAUUACAAAAGUCAGUUGUAACAGGGACACACAAAAAUGGCACACACUUUUAUCAGACCCCAAAUUUUUGAGUGACCCAUGUACAAUCAUCAACGUGAUUUCAUUUUGUAAAUAUCUUUUUGUAAAUACGCUUGGUGAAUACCUAAAACAAAAAAAGUGUACCAAUAAUAUAGAUAUGGUAUUAGUAACUGAUUAUUGACAGUUUUAACAUGUGCAAAAUGGUGUCUAUAAACCCACCAUGUAUCAAGCAAAAGAAUGGCUUGCCUAAAAAAUUGCUUCAAACAAUGCAUUUUUGGUAUCAUCUUUAAUACCAACUCUGCUGAAAAUGUUUCAUCCACUGCGUGAAAUGACAAGUGUGAUGGAUGAAAUAAUCAGCAUACAUUAACUGCAUGUAGCUCAGGUUUGCUCUUUUAUCAUAUGCUGUAACCCAAGCCUUAAGAUUAAUGCUGGCAAAUUGUUAUCAUGCUACAGUUUUCUAAGUCAUGUUGAAGGCCAGAUUAGGACAUAGUGUUUUUGAUCAAACCAUUCAACUCAGCGUGGUAGUGAAGUCCUUUUUUUUUUGAAUCCUCAAAAAUUCUGAAAUAUAAGGUUGCAUAUACCAGCUUAUAUUUCAGUGUUAUUGUCAGACUCGGAAAAGGACUGGACUUAAAACACUGAUUCAAAUUCUUGAGUGAAAGUGUUCCUGCUUAGAUGUAACUCACAUGUAAGAUAUCUUUUAUAAUGUUUGAUUUUUUUAAACCAAGUUUUGAACAAAAGGAAGACAGAGGAACAGUGGAACUGGAUGAAAGUACAAGGCAAAAAUCGCACAAAUAGAGAGUGAGAGAGAACAGAAAAUGAAAGCGAAUGGUGGUGGAUAUGGGGAUGGGGCGGUUGAGGGGAUUCAGUGGGAUGGGAAGAGGUGUGAACUGAGUGAGAUGACAGGCGUACUUUAGAACAUUUGCUAAAGUUUGAGGGAAAAAAUGGCUUUGAGAGUGACUGAGGGGUUUAUUUAAACAUAGUGUUAACGUAGACUGCUUUGAGAAGUUUUUAUACUUUAAACUGGUUUAAACGUAAACUAGUUACCAGUUAAUCACAAUACUGUAACUAGUUUGAAUCAACCAGCAUAUCACUGCCAAGGUGGUGGAGGGGAAGGACUGAAAUGAUUUUGAAGGACAGUUCCAUGGAACGGAAUGAAAUUGAUAUACCUCAUGUACUCAGUAGCAAACUUUUUGUGUUUAUUUUUGUUGUAACAAUGUGAUAUUUAAACAGUCAUUGACAGUGUUUUGCUUAUGUGCUUCUUGUCUGCGUAUGGCACGAUUCAUAGCUUGUUUUAACUCAUAAUACUUUUUGAACAAUUAACCAGUUACAAUUAUUGCUUACUCUAGCUGCAUAUAGGUACAAAACCUGUUGCCCAACUGUUACGUGGUUAACAUGAUUUGCAUAGAUUGUUGUGUGCACUUUAUAUUGAAUACUUCACAGUCGUCGCCUUGCUCUUUAGCAGGUAUAGUGUUAAUCACUGAACUACAGUUAACUCUUGUUAAAACAAACUCUGUUACAACAAGUUGCAAUUACGGUGAUGAUAAAACCUCGGUCCCAACCGUGCAUUUAUGUGCACAAUGAAUGGGACCGGUGCUUCUAUUAAUACAAAAUUCUGACAAACAUUUUGGCAAGGUCCAGCUGAGUUGGACGUAACGAGAGUCGACUGUAACUGUGUUGUUAACUUAUAUUGGGUCAGUGCAGCAAUAUCAUUUUUGAUAGUCUCUUUUUUAAGUAUGUGUUUUUGGACAAAAAUACAUUAUGAAACUAUCCUGAAGCUGUGGGUGUCCCAUACUGUCAGUACUGUUAAAUCCUGAGUCACAUCUUGGUGGGAAAACUCGUUGGUUACAAAUAACUCAACCACUCACUGAGAUCUUGAAAACUGAUUUAAUUCAGUUGUUAAUCAAUAAUGCAUGGAUAACGAAAAUUGGUUUGAAGACAUACAAUAUCAAUACGGCCAUUUUAUUUGCUUAAACGCAUUAUUGUUUAUUCAUGCAAAUUGUAACACUUUUGUUGGAAGUAUUUUUUUUUCAAUAUAGUAAUAUGACAUUGUUGCACUGACUCAAAUGGUUGGUGUGGCAGACAAUAUACAAAUGUUGUGUAGGUUAGAGCAUUGCUGGUUAUGUUUCUGGUUUAGUUAGAUUGAUUAUCAAUGUACAUUGUAUGUAUGCUUGUGUGUAUAUUCAUAGGGAAGUAUGUUUCCCUUACAAUAUUUUAUUUGUACUUGUUCAGUGUAUGUUAUCACUAUGUAGUCAACUUGAAAUACAACUGGAAGAAGACAAACAUCCAACUUUUCUUAUCGCUGCAGUACUGGCACGGAAUGUACUUUGGUGGGGGAGCUACAGGCUUUGAUAUUUGUGUAUAAUAUGAGAGACUGUUGUCUUUAAAAAGGGCCCAAAAUGAAUGACUGUAGCACAGUCUUGUUCUUUUGGUAUGACAUUUUAAUCAGGAUUGUCCAUGUUUACUGUAAUUGUUUCGACUUUCUUCUCCCGUGAUCAACCUUCUUUAUUUGUUCAAUACUGUUAUUACUAUGGACUAAAAUGUAAAUUCUAUUUAUUUGUUUCCAGUAUCAACGCUUUGUCUCUUUAUGAAUUCAAAGAGAAGGGACAAAAAGAAGUCAACAUUGGUUUAAAUCUCAAUAGUUUCUGGUAUAUGAAGACCAUGUUUCCUGCCCCAAGCUGGAAUCCUUGCUGAUUUUACAAUCAUGCUUUCAUAGAAUGAGAACUACUCCUGCCUAACUAAGCUUUAGUUUUCAUGUACUUCAACCCAACUCCAUGAUCCAGAAACAUACUUAAAGCUGCACCCUUACAUGUACAUGUGAAAUGUACAAGCUGGGGGCUGGUGUACAUGUAUUAUAACAACUUCUAUUAUAUUUUUGUUUUAAGUUAAAUUAAAGAGUUGAAAAUUAUAUGCAGCUUUAAUAACAGUAAUUUUACCCUUUUUUGUGUUGCAGUUUUGGCCUCUAAAUAUGUAGACUAGCUUCAGUUUGUUUGUAUCUGUGGCUUUGUGGUAAAAUAUAUAUGUCAUAUAUUUAGCAGAAUCAAUGAUAUUUUUAACUUCCCUUGAUGGGGGUUGGAAAAUUGUUUUAAAUACAAAAACAAUAUUUUGUAUUGCGUGAGUAAUAUUUUAUUAUAAUGGAAUUGUGUGUUGUAUUACUUUAAUUGGUGCUCUAUUUGAUUUGUGGGGGCUGGUUUUCUCUUUAUCAUUGGCGCAUUUGUAAUUUAGCCAGUGAAUGUAAAUUUAUGUAAAUUCAUGCAAAUAGCAUGAUGCAAUACUCAGUUGUUGUAAUGAUAUCGAGGGGCGGGGCUAUUUGUGGGGUUUGUAAUAUAUUAAUAUCAAUUGUUAUUACUGUGUUUUAAACUUUGUUUAAUAAUAAAAUAAAAUGUAAUCUGUACAAAAAAAUUAAAUCAAAUA